CAGAAGCAGAUCAGCGGAGCAGACAGGACCCGGGCUGAGGCAGCAGCAGCAGCAGCAUCCACACCAGCAGCGCCGCCACAAAGGGAGCUCAGUGCUGGUUCAAGCUCGACUCUCCUCUCCUCCUCUCCAGGGUUUCAGAUGCUCCGGCUCGGCGGCAGGAUGUGCGGCUUGUCGGCCCUCCUCUCGCUGCUUCUCGCUGGGCUCGCUGCGGCGUCCUCGGAUCUGUUUGACAACCAACUGGGCGACAUCAAUUACUGCAAAAAGCAAUGCCAGCUCACCAUCAAAAACAAAAGCCCUGCUAAAGACUCCAUAAUGAACGCCUGUCACCGCGGCUGUCGCCUCUACUCCAUCUGCCAGUUUGUCAAUGACAACACCGGCUUCAAUACCAGCAGGGAGGAGUGUCAGGGAGCCUGCCAGGAGGCAUAUAUCAAGCUGCUGGAGCAGGAGGCCUGCAGCACCGGCUGUGCCAGCCAACCCUCUGAACCUGAGAUCAAGAGGAGGAAGCUCAAGGCCAUGACUCUCCGCCCUAAACCCCCCUCUGUGAUGGAGGCCGUGUCCAGCUGGUGCAAUGACAUCGUCAGCUCUGCCCAGAGCUUCAUCUCCUCCACCUGGACCUUCUACCUGCAGGCUGAUGAUGGCAAGGUUGUGGUUUUUCAGAGCCAGCCAGAGAUGGAGUACUCUCUGCCCGAGCUGCAGGCUCCUCGAUCCAACGUGGCGGACAAACCCUGGCCUCAGGUCCACUCUCACACCCAGAGACCCCAUGGUGUGAGGGGACAUGGCGAGAGGGGAGCAUCCAAAGUGGGAGGCAAAGGGAAGCACCCUGUCCAGCACACAGACAACCCCACAGCUGAGCACGACUUCCUCGGCUGCAUGUCGAGACGUUCAGGUCUUCCCCGGUGGAUUUUAGCGGCCUGUCUCUUCCUGUCCAUCAUGGUCAUGUUGUGGCUCAGCUGUGCCAGCCUCGUCACCGCACCAGAGCAGCACAUCAAGACGCAGCUGAGUAUCAACGGAGAUAAAGAGUUUCUGGAUAAUGCCCACAAAGUCAACCCGUACCACCUGAGUCCUGUGAUCGCUGUCGGCGUGAAACAAUCAGAGGAGAGUCAGGAGGCGGGGCCACUGCCGGUGAAAGUUGACCUCAACAAAACCUGUGUUUAGAAAGGACCAGUGGGAGAGCUGCCGUCUUGUUUCCCAGGUUAACCAUGUCUGAAAUCCUUGGCCUGUCGGUGAAAGGGGUGAAACAAACAAAUCAUGGGACUCACUCAGUCACCAGAAUUUUUUAAAACAUAUUUUUAAGAGCAUGGCACCCUCCCGUCAUUUAGAAUUAUCAUACUGAAGCAUCUAGCUUGGUCUUGUUGGUCUGAAGGCACUUCAUUUACCUGUACAGUCCAGAUUUCUUCAAGUCCAUCCUCAGAUUUUCCUUAAUGAUCAGUAUGCUCAUUGCUUAUUGAUAAGUCAGAGCUCUUGUCUCAGAGCCACGCUGGAGACAAGCAGAGAGGAUGGAUUACAGCUGAGAGCUUUCACAUCAUUUAUCAUGUCUAGUGUGGACAAGAGAAGACAAAGAUUCAUUUUAGAUUUAAUUUUGCCAUCGUUCUCACAGAGAGUUUGGAUUAAUUGAUGGGUUACUGAGAGCAAAACAAAAGGGGUAAAACAGUGAGAGAGAGGAAAGGAAGAUGAAUGGAAAGUGGGCUAAAUACUUGUGAGCACGGCAGGAAACAGAUGCUGUAGCUCACAGUUUAUGAUCUGUUUACAUAAUCAGCAUUAUGAGCUGUUUAGUAAAAACUGUAUUAUAUGAUGGCCUUGAAAUCCUGUUUUUCCCCUCACAACGUAAAACAUUCUCACCAAGUUCUGAGAAACAAAGGCAUACCUACUCUACAAACUACAAUAGUGUCUUUUGUUUGUUUGUGUAUGUUUGGAUAUGUCUGGGUGCAUGUGUACAUCUACAACAGCACACAUACAUUUAUGGGGAGCAAAUACAAAAAACUGGAACACUGCUGAAAACUGGACGCUCUGUCUGAGAAUGAGCAAAAAUAAAACCUCUUUUUAUUUUUCUUCUCUAUUUAUUCAGUAUCAUCGACAUUAGUUAUCUGUUAAAUAGUGUUAUUGAAGUGCCAUGUACAGUUAAUACAUCAUACAAAUGCAAUUGCUCUGUAUGUAAAAUACAUUGUAACACAGAUUAGAAAGAGAUGCAUAGAGAGAAGAUUGCACCUAUUACUGUAUUAUUAUUAUUAUUAUUAUCAUCUUAUAAUUACUCUUAUAUCACUUCAAGAGUUCUUAGCUGUUAUAUGUGCCACGUGCUUUCUAAUAGCUGACUAUUUUGUAUGUCCUAGGAGCACACACUGAAGGAUAACCUCCGUAAAAAUGUGUAAUGCAAAGCUUUUAACAUAGACCUUUGUUAUUGAACAGAGUCGCACAGUCUUAGAGAAGAUUUUCUGUUUUCUUCUCAGUGCUUUUGAUGUCCUGUAACGCUCUGUUUUCAUCCAGGCUAUGUAGACAAUAAACCGUGCAUGCAAGUGACGCUUCGAUAGUUUAACUGCCCGCCAUGCCAGUAUGGCAAGCCUCUUCUGUAGACUUGUGAUUUUUUGUGUUACUAUUUACUGUAAACAUUGAAUAGAAUGUGUAAUGAUGAAUGACAAUAUCCUCAUGAUUUACAGGAAGGACUCUUAAUUAAAAAGCCAUUCAAUCAAUAUCUGUGCUGGUUCAAACCGAAGGUAUACCACAAGGAAUAUGAUAUGAAUUUCAAACUGUAUUGUUUCCUUUUUACUAGUCUGUUUAUUUUCAAUGAAAUGAUACUUACAACAUGAUGAAAUAAAGUGUUUUCAUUGUGAAUAAA